AAAAGCCAACAACUCCCACUUUUUUUCGUAUUUUCUUUCCUUCAAUGAAUAACACACCUCUCUCCCAGCCAAAUGUUCUUAAACCUUCAUCUUCUCUUCUUCCUCUUCUUCAUCCUACCUUCCUUCCCAUCUCUCCUCGCUCAAAGCGUCGACGUUUCAUCAUGUCCCUUAAACGUAUCCAUCCUCCGCCCCGUCUUCUCCGACUCCAGCCGACCCCGCUCUUCCAUGGAGUGCCACCACAUCCGCCAGGGUCUUCGUCUCCUCCUCUCCGACUACCUCAGGCGCACCGGCUACUUCUUUCCGCCUGCGAACACCUCCGAGUCGUGUUGGCAGUCUUAUCAGUCCCUCGUCCCCGACUUCGACAUCCGUUCCUCGUGCGGUUUCCAAACUGCUUGGAUUUCCCAAGGUUGCAUGAACUUAACCACCAAGGUUGAAUUCGAAGCUUUGAUCCCCAACACUACGUUAGACGACGUCGUUUCCAAUUGUAACCAGUCCUUGCAGGGUUCCGCUUGUGCUUCCUGUACUACAAGCUUGUCCAAUUUGCAAACUUUGUACUUGACGGAUAAUUCGACCGCAAACGUCUCUGACUGUUCGGCCUACCCGUCUAUUUAUGCAGCUGCUGUUGCCAACUACUUGGGACCAACAGAUGAAGGUACGGCCUCUUGUAUAUUUUCAAUUCAGCUCAGUGAUAAUCAUGGUGGCAAAGGUAAGAGUAAGCAAAGAGGUGUGAUUUUGGGUGUGUUAAUAGGGGUCGGUGUCAGUUUAGUCGUUUUGAUUGGUGGGUCUUGGUUUGUUUAUAGCAAAUAUCAGGAUUCAAAGAGGCAGAAAGGGAGGGAUAGGAUCAGGAGCCUUGAGAUGGGUAGUUUAGGUAGUUCAGGGUUGGCUUCAUUUAGUGAAAGUACUCAUUUGGUUAAGUUUACGUUCGAUGAGAUUAAGGAAGCUACUAGGAACUUCUCUAGAGAUAACAUGAUUGGGAAAGGAGGCUAUGGGAAUGUGUACAAGGGUUACUUGCCUGAUGGUUCUGAGGUUGCUUUCAAAAGGUUCAAGAAUUGUUCUGCGGCUGGUGAUGCCAAUUUUACUCAUGAAGUUGAGGUUAUUGCUAGUGUUAGGCAUGUGAAUCUUGUUGCUUUAAGGGGAUACUGUACAGCUACGCCCACGACCCCAUUAGAGGGUCAUCAGAGGAUCAUUGUUUGUGACUUAAUGAAGAAUGGCAGUUUACAUGAUCAUCUGUUUGAUUCCAUGGAAAGGAGACUUAGUUGGCCUCUUCGUCAAAAGAUUGCACUAGGGACAGCUAGAGGACUGGCUUAUUUGCACUAUGGGGCACAACCAGCAAUCAUUCAUAGGGAUAUCAAAGCGAGUAAUAUUCUUUUGGAUGAGAAAUUUGAGGCCAAGGUAGCAGAUUUUGGUCUUGCAAAGUUUACACCAGAGGGGAUGACACAUUUGAGCACGAGGGUAGCUGGAACAAAGGGAUAUGUCGCCCCUGAGUAUGCAUUGUAUGGGCAAUUGACUGAGAGGAGUGACGUGUAUAGCUUUGGUGUAGUGCUUCUUGAGAUGUUGAGUGGAAAGAAGGCGCUCACUAUGAGUGAUGACAAUCAACCUUCUCUAGUGGCUGAUUGGGCCUGGUCAUUGGUGAGGAAUGGGAGAACUUUAGAUGUUAUUGAAGAUGGCAUGCCAGAGUUGGGGCCACCAGAAGUUCUGGAGAAGUAUGUGUUGAUAGCAGUUCUUUGCUCUCAUCCGGAGUUACUAUGCCGGCCAUCCAUGGAUCAGGUUGUUAAAAUGUUGGAAACAGACAUUUCUGUUCCCUCAAUCCCUGAGCGGCCUAUUCCUCUGGUAGCUCAUAGAAGUGACAUUGAGAAAUCUAUAAGCAGUAAUGGCUCUAGUCAGCUCUCAAGUUCAGCUGGUUAUCGGACGUUUACUUAUGAAAGUAGUCAUCAUUCUACCAGUAAGGAGGAAGGGAUAAGUUCAGGUUUUUUUGAAUAGAAAGUUUUUGAUAAGCACAAUCUAACAUAAUAGGAUCAUUUAGCUCGCCAAUGGUGCUUCCCUGAUUGGUAUUCUCUCCAAUGGUGCUUCACUAGUUCAAUGUGCAUCUGCUGUUGUAAAAAUACAAUAGAUUUACAAUCAAGCUAGGUUCAUUUGAAUUCAAAUGAUAUAGGAUAUAUAUAUGUAUGUAUAUAAAUGGUGCCACGUUUUGCAAGUAUUUAAUGGUGUACAGUAUAGCAACUUUCUCUAGCACAUCAAUUAAAUGAUGUUCUGUGUUUUUUUGAAAA